AUGAAAUCUGGAGGUAAGCAGAAUGUAACAGAGUUUUCAAUCCAAGGAUUAACCAAUGUCCCUGAGCUCCAGUUGACGAUUUUCUUCAUUUUUUUGUUCAGCUAUGUCAUCAUUAUCGUUGGGAAUAAAACCAUUUUUGUUGUUAUACUGUGUGAUCCUCAUCUUCACACUCCUAUGUAUAUUUUUUUAAUGAACCUUUCACUUUUUGACAUUGCUAAUGUUUCAAACAUUCUUCCAAAUUUGUUAAAUAUUCUCCUUACAAAACAUACGACCAUUUCGUUUGCGGGAUGUAUAACUCAGAUGUAUCUUUUUUUAGCGCUGACUCUCAGUGAAAUAGUUCUAUUUGCAGCUAUGGCAUAUGACCGGUACGUGGCGAUCUGUCACCCGCUCCACUACUUUAUACUGAUGAGUUUAAAACACUGUGCUUUGUUAAUCAUUGCGUCAUGGAGUUUUGGUUUUAUUGACGCUGUGGGACAUGCCGUCCAGAUAUCAAAGAUGUCCUUUUGUGCUUCCCAUGUAAUAAACCACAUUUUCUGUGAUGUUGAAGCGUUAAUGAAGCUCUCCUGCAGCGGCACCUUCUUUGUAGAAAUGCUAACCUUUGUUGAAGGGGCACUGGUUCCAGUUCCUGCAUGCCUUCUCACAUUAACCUCUUAUAUAUUUAUUAUUUCCAGUAUUCUAAAAAUAAAAUCAGCCGAAGGUCGACAGAAAGCGUUCUCUACCUGCUCCUCUCAUCUGAUCUGCAUUUCUGUUUUUUAUGGAACUAUUUUGUUUUCAUAUAUGAGACCCACCUCAAGUUAUUCACCAAAGCAGGAUAAGUUUUUUUCUCUCCUUUACAUUGUCUUGGUCCCGAUACUAAAUCCUCUUAUCUAUACUCUGAAAAAUCAGGAAGUUAAAAAUGCUUUAAAGAAACUUAAGGAGAAACUGGUUUGUGCAUGA